AUGAUCAAGAAAUUCCGUCCAGCGACCCCUUUUUUGACACCGUUCCUCGUUUCAUCCUGUAAAAAUUUUACCGAUGUUCAACUGUACAGUCAAAUAUAUCCGUUAUGGACUUAUUCAUAUUUGGUCGCACUGAUACCAAUAUUUUUUCUCACUGACAUAUUGCGGUAUAAGCCAAUUGUAGUCCUCGAAGCGAUGUCAUAUUGCGCUUCUCAUGCAAUCAUUCUUUGGGGCAAUAAAGUAUGGCAAAUGCAGUUAAUGGAAAUCAUUUUUGGACUGUCAACAGCAUCCGACAUUGCCUAUGUUUCCUACAUGUAUGCAGUUGUUGAUCAAAAGCAUUUCAAACGCAUCACUUCAUUUGUCAGAGCAGCUGCACUGUUUGGCAAAUUUCUAGCUUACGGUUCCGGUCAGCUGCUUAUUUCGACUCGACUUGUUUCAUAUUUACAGCUACAUGAGGCAAUUGAUCCUGGACUGAAGACUUACCUUCAAAAUGCUUGGAGACAUUUAAUGGUUUUUAAGAGUAAAAGAGCCGUAUUCAAAUGGUGCAUUUGGUGGUCAUUGGCCAGUUGUGGAACUUUUCAGGUUCAAAAUUAUGUGCAAAAUUUAUGGGCUUUAUUACAGCAGAAUGAUGAGGCAUAUAAUGGUAUCACAGAGUGUACAGCCACUUUGAUUGGAGCGAUCGUUUGUUUUUUCGUACAAUAUUUGAAAAUUGAUUGGGUGAAAUGCGGUGAAUUGAUACUGUGGAUCAAUUCGAUGAUUAGCGCUAUAUUACUGAUUAUAAUGUCUCAGACGACCAGUGCUUUCAUUGCUUAUAUUCUUUACAUAGUUUUUGCUACCAUCUAUCAGUUACUUAUGACUGCAGCAAGUACCAAUAUUGCCACAGAACUGACAGCAGCAACUUAUGGUUUAGUAUUUGGUUCCAGUACUUUUGUUGCACUUUUUCUGCAAACAAUACUAACUUUAAUUGUUGUUGAUAAGCAUGGCUUGGCACUUGAUAUACGUACACAGUUCUUCAUUUAUGGUUGCUAUUUCGGUGCGGUAUCAGCAAUUUUCAUUUUUAUGUUAAUACAGAAGAUAAUCGGUAAAAUUUUUGUUACUGAAUUCACUCCUGCGGAUCAGUGUCCUGAAAAAGAUACUCUGACAUAA